AUGCAAGGAUUGUCUAACGGGAACACAGAAGAAGCACCAAUUCUGGCUGGCGUCGUCAACUUUAAUCGCGCCACAAUGCCACAGGAGCCAGGACGCGAAACUGAUCCUCUUCUCCUAUUCCGUCGUGUCCCUAUUGUUCCCUACACCUCUGUGGCCGAACGGAUAUUUGCGAGGGAAAAUUCUCCCUCGCCAGCUAUGACCUCGACUAGGAGGACCGAAUUCGAUGAGUAUCCUUGGAUGUCUGCAAUGAGGCAAGGGUCACAUAAUUCCGACCCUCACGUGCGUGCAAUGCACGCAACGAGGAUUGUUAGCAUGUACAAUCAAUGGGACGCGAGCAAAUUGUCGCAACUAGGUGCCUCGUUUAGCAUCUGCCUGGAGGAUAAUGUGUCUCAAGAGUCAGCGACGGUUGCACACUUUGCUCGGGAGGUCCACGACCAAUUGCCGAGCCGCGAUGCUGAGAUCCCGGCUGAAACAGAGAAACAAGUUGUCCUUAAUCACUGCCAGUCAACGCGAUGGAAAGCGAGAAUGGGUCUCGAAGUCUCUGUUACCCCACGCUAUGGUGUCUGUGGCAUUCAUUGCGGAUCUGUCCGUCGUACAUCUGGCACAUUCCGGCACCUGCUCAACAGUAUCCCAAUUGAUACGAAGCAGUUCGCGUGGAGACUAAACGAUCUAGAUCUGAAAGACAAUGCGAGCAUCGCAGGGCAACGAUUCGGGAAUGACGAAGUGCAGAGGAUUAAGAAGGAUCUGAUGAGUUUUCUACCGCCAUGGGCCAAUCCGGAAUAUGUGUCGACGGAUCACGAAUGCCUCCGAUCACUGUCCGCUGCCUCCGAGCAGGGCUUACCAGUACGGAACUCGGACACCGGCACAGCACCCAAAUGA